AUGUGGAUUCAAGACAAAAACAAACAACUAAAUGUUCACUUUUCAUCCACAUGCUUAUUUUAUUCCUUCAUCCCUGUGUGGCUUCCGGCCGUGAUCCCCGUGUGGGUUCCGGUCAUGAUCCUCGUGUGGGUUCCGGUCAUGAUCCUCGUGUGGGUUCCGGUCAUGAUCCUCGUGUGGGUUCCGGUCAUGAUCCUCGUGUGGGUUCCGGUCAUGAUCCUCGUGUGGGUUCCGGUCAUGAUCCUCGUGUGGGUUCCGGUCAUGAUCCUCGUGUGGGUUCCGGUCACGAUCCUCGUGUGGGUUCCGGUCAUGAUCCUCGUGUGGGUUCCGGUACCGAUCCUCGUGUGGGUUCCGGUCAUGAUCCUCGUGUGGGUUCCGGCCAUGAUCCUCGUGUGGGUUCCGGCCAUGAUCCUCGUGUGGGUUCCGGUCACGAUCCUCGUGUGGGUUCCGGCCAUGAUCCUCGUGUGGGUUCCGGUCACGAUCCUCGUGUGGGUUCCGGUCAUGAUCCCCGUGUGGGUUCCGGCCGUGAUCCCCGCGUGGGUUCCGGUCAUGAUCCUCGUGUGGGUUCCGGUUAUGAUCCUCGUGUGGGUUCCGGUCAUGAUCCUCGUGUGGGUUCCGGCCAUGAUCCUCGUGUGGGUUCCGGUUAUGAUCCUCGUGUGGGUUCCGGUCAUGAUCCUUGUGUGGGUUCCGGCCAUGAUCCUCGUGUGGGUUCCGGCCAUGAUCCUUGUGUGGGUUCCGGUCACGAUCCCCGUGUGGGUUCCGGCCAUGACCCUCGUGUGGGUUCCGGUCACGAUCCUCGUGUGGGUUCCGGUCACGAUCCACGUGUGGGUUCCAGCCAUGAUCCCCAUGUGGGUUCCGGUCACGAUCCCCGUGUGGGUUCCGGUCUUGAUCCUCGUGUGGGUUCCGGUCAUGAUCCCCGUGUGGGUUCCGGUCAUGAUCCCCGUGUGGGCUCCGGUCGUGAUCCCCGUGUGGGUUCCGGUCGUGAUCCCCGUGUAUGUUCUUGUCGUGAUCCCCCUGUAUCUUCUUGUCGUGAUCCCCGUGUAUGUUCUUGUCGUGACCCACAUGUAG